AUGUUCGCGGGCUUGCAGAUGGGCUCCGGCGGCGACGGCGAGGAGGGUUCCUCUUCGUUCGGCUUCCUCAACAAGCCGGCUGCGCAGGCGGAGCUCGCUGCGCCCGAUGACGGCGAGGGCGGCUUUGAGGGAUUCGGGGCGCCUGCCGAGGGCGGCAGCUCCUCAUUCGCCUUUCUCAACGCGCCAGAGGCGCCCGCACCACCCGCGCCUCCGCCCGACCCGUUUGCGAGCUGCGGCCUUGGUGCCAUCUCCGCCGCCUCGGCCAUGCCCUCCGCCCCGUCGCUGCCCGCCGCGGCUGCUCCAGUGCCAGCCGCUCUACGCUGCUGUGGUAUCCCGCCGGGCACGGCAGCGGCGGUGCCCUCCGGCCCAGCGGCGGCCGUGCGGGCAAAGAAGAAGACCGCCAAGGCGCGCCGCCCCGGCUGGGCCUCCAAGGAGGGCGAGGACCCCCCCGCAGCUCCGGUGGCCAGUGGAGCCUGCGCUGGAGGCUGCACUGUCGGCUCUUUGGCAGACGCGUCCUGCGGCGGGGGAGGCGGCGGCGGGGCGGAGGGUGCGGCGCUCGCCCACGUGUCGCCUUCGACGCACGCCUCUUCCCUGGGCGGGCUGGGCGCGCGAGGAGCAGGGCCGGGUGCCGCCGGCGCAGGCGGCCGGUACGGCCCACCGACGCCGGCCACCACUCCGCCAAAUGGAGCUGCGGGCGAGGGAUUCGGCGGGUUCGGCUCUCCGUCGCCGCCGCCGCCGGAGCGACCGCCACCGGGACCGCUCCGCUUCGACUGGGGCGGCGACCGGGGCGGCGACAGGAGUGGCGACCGUCCGGAGCUUCGCCACUCUGCCGCGAGCUCGCUCGGCUCCGGCUCGACUGACUCUGCGUGCCUACCGUACGGGGGAUUGUCGGCGGCCGGAGGGGGGGGAGGGAGCAACGGCGGUGCGGGAGGCGGCGGAGGGGGCGUGCUCGGUGGGCUCGUCAUCCGCUGCCAACCUGCGGGAGGCACGCCCGUGCCGGGCAGCGGCCGCGCCUCGCCGCACUCCGCCUCGAGCGGCGCCUCCACCUCCGGAGGCUUCAGCGGCGGGCGGGGCGGCGCGCCGCCGCCGCCGUCGCGCGCGCUCUCCGGCCCUCUUCCGCCGGACCUCUUCUCGGGGGAAGCCUUCCCCGCCGCCGAGGCGGCGGGAGGGACGGCGCCGCCGCUGCGGCAGUCGCCGCCGAUCCGGCGGGACGCCAAGGGCGCGCACCGCUGUCCGCGAGCCGAGCCCGCCGCCGGAGGGAGCCGCCACAUCGCCGGCGCGGGCGGCGAGGGCAGCGGCGCCGGCGUCUACUCUGCGGGCGGGCAGAUCGGCGCCGCGCUCACCUCCCUCUUUGGCGGGGGAGGAGGGCUCGGCUCCUCCCUCCUGAGCGGGCUCACGAUCCGCGCGCCCCACGCCGCCGGACCCGACGGGGGGCCGCACGCCGCAGCGGAGGCGCCGCCGACGCCGACGUCGGGAGCGCCGCCACGGCCGACGGCGCGGCAGCAGCGGCCCCCUCUGCCGCCUGCGACGCCGAGCGGCAAGAGCGACGCCGCGACGCCGCUGGCGGGCGAUUCCGCGCCCGCGCCGCCGCUCUCGGACAGCGGCGACGCCGCGUGCGCGCAAGCAGAGGCGGGCGCCGCCGCCGCCACGGCGGCCGCAGUGAGCGCGAGCGGCGGCGGCGGUUUGCUGCUCGAGCCGGAGACGGUGGAGGAGGCGCGCGCGCGGAAGGCUGCUGCCACGGCGGAGGCGAGGCGAUCCGAGGCGGCCGGCGCGUUGGCCGUGCGGCGCGGCGCCGCUGCGGAGGCGGAGGGCGCGGCGCGUGCGUUGUGCGAUGCGGAGCGCGACCAGCAGGCCCGCUCGGCAGAAGAGGACUACGAGGCCGCCGAGGCGCUGCAGCCCGCCGCGGCGCGGUCGCGGCUCGCCGCCGCCGAGGCCGCGGUCAACGCUGCGGAUAGCAGGCUCCAGACGUGCAGCGAGGCGCUCGCCGCCGCGAGCGAGACAGCCGCGGGCGCGGCGAAGGCCGCGGUGGCCAAGGCUCGCGCGCAGCGCGACGCUCAAGUCUCGGAGCAGCGCGCCGAGGAGGCGGCGGCGGCGGCGCGCUGCGCGGCAGAGGCGGAGCGGCAGGCCGUGGAGCGGCAGAGGCUGCGGAGCGAGGCGCGCCGGCUGCGCGUCGACGAGCGGGAGGCCCGCGCGGGGUCGGAGGCGCUCGAGGCGCAGACAGCGGAGGCGGCCGUCGACCACGCCGCUCAGGUUGCAGAGGCGGCGGCCGCCGACGUCGCCGCGCGGGACGAGUCGCUCGGGCGGCGGGGGGCGCACGAGGAGCGGGCGGCGGAGCUGCGCGCGCUGCUCGAGGCGGAGGAGGCGGCGGUGCGGGCGUGCGACGCCGAGGUUGCCGCCGCCGAGGAGCGGAUCGAGGCGGUGCGCGGCGGCUUCUCCAAGCCCACGGCGCAGCUGCCUAGAUACCUCGAUGUGAUGACGCACCCCUGCCGGUCUGACUCGGAUGGCGGCGUGCAGCUUGGAGGCGCUGCGCGGCUCGAGCUCCGCCGCGAGACAAUCUCGCACGCAGCGUCGCGGGUCGCCACCGAGAAGGAGCAGCUGCGAGAGCGGGCGGCGCAGGCGCAGGCGCAAGAGCUGGCCGAGCAGAAGGCGCUCGCGGUGGCAUCGCGCGCCUUCCGUGAGGCGGGCCGGCUCACUGCAGAGAUCAAGGAGCUGGCCGCCAGGGCGGACGCCCUCGAGGCGAAGCGGGAGACGGCGGCGGCCGAGCUGACGGCCACCAAGCUCGGGUUGCGGGUCCUCGACGCGGCGCGCAUCGAGGCUGCGGCGGACGCCGCGGACUGCCGGCGCAGCCUCGACCGCGCUCUCUGCGACACGCUGCGCAGGCACUUGAGGGGCGCGCGCGCGCAGCUCGCGGCCUUCUCUGGCACCGCUGCAGCGAGCGAGAGUAGCGGCGGCGAGGGCGGCGGCGACGACAGUGGCGAACGCGGCUGCACGGAGGGCGCGCCGGCGCUGUUGGUGGCGCACCAUGCCGCGGUGGUUGCCGAGUGGGCCGUGGUGCGGCGGCGGCUCGGUCUCGAGGGAGGCGAGGCGGAGGCGGUGGCGGAGGCCCAGGCCGAGGCGGAGGAGGAGGCGGAGGAGGAGGCGGAGAUGGCGGCGCGGGCAGGGGAGGACGCCGAGGAUGCGGUGAGGGACGGCGCGGUGUGGGCGGCGGCGCUGCGGGAGAGCGAGGCGGAGGCGGAGGAGAAGGAGAGCGAGGAGGAUGCCAGCGAGGAGGAGGAGGCGGGCGGGGGCGAGAACGGGGUGGAGGUGCAGCCGCAGCCGGAGGCGGUGGAGGAGGCGGUGGAGGCUGCCGAGGCCGCGGAAGACGACGGCGCGGGGGGUGGGGGCGAGGAGGAGGCGGGCGGAGGAAGCCUAAAGUCGGAUUGCGGCGACUCAGCAGUUUCGCACAGGGCUGACCAGGGCACGUGCGAUGGGUGCGCCGAGCCCGCCGUGCGUUGUCGGCUGCGCGUCGCCGAGGGGAGGGUCGUCUGCGUCGUCGGAGAGCAGGCCGCCGCUCCCGCCGCCGACGCCGCGGAGGAGGAGGACGUGGAGCGGGCGGCAGAGGAGGCGGAGGCAGAGGGCGGGGAGGAGAGCGGCUCUUUGCUCGAAGGGAGAGCAGCGAGCGUGGCGGGCGCGGGCGCGGGCGGCGCGGCCCGGCUCGAGGCGCUGCAGGCCGAGGUUGUGCGUCUCGACGCGCGGAUCGACGAGGCGGUCAGCGUGGAGGAUUUCGAGCUCGCCGACAUCCUCGAGGCGCGCCGGCGGGCGGCCGCCGCCGCGAUGCAGAGCUGGGAGGAGGCGGAGGAGCUGCGGCUAGCGGCCGACCAGGCGACCGCUUCCGAGGAGUGGGAGGCGGCCGAGGAGCUCGAGCAAAAACGCCGGCGGCUACUGGAGCGCGUGGACGCCUUCUUCGUGGAGGAUGCGCCCUGCGUCGAGUGA